CUAACCCCUUAAAUGUGACAUUCGGUUUUUGCAAUCCUAAUACCCCCGAUUAACCCUUCAAAGCUGACAGCAAAGUAUAUGGCAUGUUAUCGGAAAUCGACGCGUGGAUGGACGCCGAAAUUUACAAAUAAUUAGAUUGAGGCGAGUUAAAAAUGGAGUACGUGUGCCGCGUUUGCCUGGUUGGUUCCGUACCACUUGUGGACAUUUUCGCUGAAAUUUGCGAUGUUAGAUUGAACCUAUAUAAAAGCAGCCCCGCCUGUAUCAUCAGCAAGUUCUCACCUGAGCAUUCUGUGGUACGCGGGGACUCGAUGCCGCAGUUUAUUUGUCCCUCCUGCAUUCUUGGAGUGCAGACUGCAUAUCGGUUUAAGUUGUUAUUGGACAAAAGCUUUGCAAAUUAUCAACAACGCUUGUUAUCAAACAAUGUUAUCAAUGAAGAAACGUACACCAUCGAAAACAGCGAUGAAAAGGAGGAUCGCAUGCGUGCAAGUGAAAGGCAUGAGAUUGAGGCGGUGCUCAAUAAUGCUAUGUUGCCCGAGACGGCGGACGAGUCGGUUGAAAUUGACAACGAAGAAGAAGGCACUUACACAUUGAGGAAUCCUCUAAGGAACUUCGCUGAUGAUCAGACUCGUCUGCAGAUGAGCGUUUCAAUGGAUACCCAUGACAUUAACAAAAUGGAGCAGAUGCACAAGCUGGCUCGGGUGGCAGAAGCAGAGGCUCACAUGCACAACAAGAGUCGUCACUGUGGCAAGUUGCCGUUCCCUGAAGUGUGUGGCAAAGGAUUCAUGUCUGAGUGCCAGCUAAAUAGACAUGAAACCAGUCACAAGAACAAGCAGACGUCCGAACUCAACACGAAACCUCUUGGAAUUAAGAACACAAUUAAUCGUAGUCCGUUACCGAAAAAGAAGAAACCAGAGUCGGUGGAGAGUGAUUUGGAAGUGCUUUCCAGCCGUGAUACCUCUAGUCGCUCAAGAAGUCCACCGUUGCCAAAGAUCAACGACCUUGGCAGUGAUAUCUCAGGCCACACCAAGAAGACCCAAUCAUUGUCAAAAAAUCUGAAUUUUAUGUGCGAUGAGUGCGGUAGAAUAUUUUCGUUCAAAGGAGGCCUGAAGAGACACGCUCGGUCUCACACUGGCGAACGUCCUUUCCAGUGCACGUAUUGCCCGAAGAAAUUUACUCGCAAUGAUAACCUGAAAAGGCACACUGGUGUCCACACUGGCGAGCGUCCUUACCAUUAAUCAAUGCGAAAACAAUUUGAGGCCAAAGCCUGGGCUUCGGAGACAUGUUUGUAAUAAUCAGGCGAGGGUGCUGCCAGAAGGAAGAAUACAUUUCUGACGGAAGUUUUAAGCUGGAGAUGCUGAGAAGAAAAGCGACUGACAAGUUAAGUUAAACUGAAGAAAAUAUGCUUGAAGAGCGUUUGGUCGUACGUUUGCCUCGUGAAAAAUUUCCAUCGAAUCUUUACUUUUGUUCUUUUUAAUUUUUGGCAAAUUGACGAUGAAAAACGAUUUAUUUAAAAAACAUUUUAAUUAAUUACAAUA